CAGAGUUAUUUUGAGUUCUGUAUGUAUGUUAUCAGGUGCAUUGACAUUCAUCAGUAUUUGUAGAUGACGUCAUAUUUAAUGUAUUCUCAUAUUUACUGUGUUGCUUUAUUACACCAAAUAUCACCUUUAUCCAGCCUGUGCUCGCUUUAAUUGCUCAUUUAAAAAUUACAUUGAAGUGAAAAACAUUUUUUUUCUUUAUAUUUAUAGAUAAAUAGCUUGCCAAUUUUGAUUAAUACUAUUUAAUUUAGAUUUACUCUAGAAUACAAAAGAUUAGAUCGUUUUAAUAAAAAUUAACAAAUGGGAUAUUUUCUCAACCAAUGUAUAUUGUGGUCUUACUAUUUUCGGUUGGUUGUCUUAAUAAUUUUCAUCAAAACAAAAUUUCUUCAACUUUGAUAUAAAACAUAAAUGUUAUUUUAACUUAAAGUAAAUCCUAAAUGUUUCAAUGUAACCAAAAAUAAAAUAAGAGCUAUCUAAUAUGAGAUUUACAGUAGGAUUUGAUUUGGCCAGGUUUUUAUGUAUUGUAGCUGAUUGGGUGUCAUGAUUUGUCUGAGGAAGAGUGCGGUCAGCGCUACUGUAAUCUACAGCCUCUGUAAUCUGAUCUUAAAGGUUUCCUCAGCAACAGACGUGGCUUUGUUGUAAUCAUGCAUCAUUCAUGAGGAUAAACUCACUCAUCGAACAAGUGCGACACUUUCUCUUUUCAAGUUGGAAUUAUAUAAGGAUGGAAGAGUGCUUGCAUUUGGUUUGUGAGACCAUUGGUGUAGAUGCAGAGGAUGAGGUCGGCAUGGACGUCAUCUGUUCUCUCUAUAAGAGCGUCUUUCUCAUUACCGCCAGCCUGGAGGAGACAAAGACAGCCAUUUCACAGGUCAGAGGUCAGAGUGGAGGGUUGUCAUGUUCAGCCAGAAGAGUUCUGCACGUUCUCCUUGUGAUGGAGAAACAGCGGGAGAACAGAGAUAAGCUGUACUGGGAGCUCCAGAUGUUGAAGGCUGGUAGAAUCGGUCGUACUCUCGAACAAAACACACAGUCCUCAACAAUCAACCGCAUCUCUAAACAACUGGAGCAAGAUCCAGAGCAGUUUAGUAUAUUGUGUCUUCAGAAUAGGGCCAAGAGACUUUACACCAGACUUGUUCUUGAUGGUGUUUGGAGUGUCCUACCAUCUCUUUCUCAAAGGAACGCUGGGAGCAUGCGACUGGGCAGGACCUCUCCCAGUAGUACCGACAUCCUCCAACUCCUGUCCUACAAAUAUGACAUCAUCAAAGAGCACCUGUACAGAGAGAUGUUACAGGAUGAGUAUGGUGUUGUUUGGUGGGACUCGAUGUCAGCAUCAGAUCAGACAGAUUGCGUGUGUGAACUGAGAGCGUUUGUAGAGCAAACUUUCAGACGCAGAGACCUUCUCCAAAUGUGUGGGCUGCCCGGGGCCCUCCGGUGCUACAGAAGCUGUGAUUCUGUGGUGUUGCGAGGCUGUCCUGAGAGCGGUAAACCUAGAGAUGAGGCUUGGUCAUCCAAACCGAGGGAACAGGCUUGGUCGGCUGUCAACUUCCUGUUGGAGCUGGAGUCACAUUAUCAAGAUGAGAAGGAAGCAAUCAGCGCUCUCAUGAACAGAGUGGGACAGGAAGCUCUGCGUGUAAUGUAUCUCAGUAUGUGUGUCGCUGUGCGGAGAGCUGAGAGAGAAGAACAGUCCUACACAGCACUGCUGGUCGCCAGACAACACUGGGACAGAUGGCCUUAUAUGAGAGGCUCAGUCAGUCAGGAACUGUCUAGAAUCUGGAUUCAGGAAAAUGUGGAUCCCACCGUUAAAAAACAGCUGGGCUGGACAAAUGUAAAUUGCGCAGAGCAGGAUGUGCUGCAGUUUUUGGUUUUGUGUCAGGAGCAGGAAAGAAAACAAUUGUUGGAGAUCUUGCACAGGGUUUCCCUGAGCGACCUCCUGGGGCUCCGAAACAUUCAGGAAAACAACAAUGGAAACGCAGUGGAUCUGAGUUGUGUGUUGAGCCUGCAGCAGAUUAAAGCUUCUCUACAGGAAGCACAUGGUUCAGGAAGCACUGGACCCUUCGCCCCAGGGUGUUCUCGGAUAGAUGUCUCAUGGGUGGAAUGUGCCAUUCAUUUGCUGACUAAGCUGACACAAGCGCAUGAAGAUGAGGCCUGGACUGUUUUAUACUCUCUGCCAGAUUUGGACCAUGAGGCUCUUUGGACUUUGCUUCACAAAUAUGAGAGUGAACUGCAUGGACCCAGUUUCCACAACCUGCAUGAAGUUUUUCAGUCACGUGUGCCAGCAGACGCCAGCAGAGGCACCAACACAGUGAACGCUGAAACCGAGAGAGAGGGGUCUGAACAGGAGCAUGAAGAGCUGUCAGAUGGCGAAAAACAAGAACUCUGCACUGGAUGUGGCAUGGUUUUAGAUCCAGAAGAUACUCCAUAUUUAGAGAUUGUGUGUGUCAAAGACCCAAGAAAUGAAGUGAGCAUGAUGGAGACGAGGGACGGAGACGGAAAAAGAGAAGAAGGAGACAUUAAGAGCAAAGGAGACCAUGAGCAGAUUUCAGUGGAGAAACAAAACUCUCUGAUCACAUUGGCCUGGAGCAAACCAACCCACGGAGACAAUCACAUUCAGGAAGUGACUCUUCAACAGAAAGAAGAGGCCGUCUCCAUUACAGUGCAGGAGGAUAGAGAUAAUAACACACAAGUCCCUGACACAAAUCCACAUGAUGUGAACAUCUACACACACCAGGAGAACAUAAGCUCUGUCUCACUGCAGCUAAGUGCACAGUAUGAAGAAACGCAUUCAGAUAGUGAGAAAGGAGAGACACAGACACUGAUCCAACAAGACCAUUCAGGCUUCAUCCCAGCUGGGCAGCAACAGGAGGAUAUAAGAGAUGGAGAGUUCACACGGAAAUCUCUCGGGGACACCCAUCAGCCCGACUCAACACCUACACAGCUGCUGCAAAACACUGAGCCACCAGAAAGUAUCCAUCUCCCAGACGCUGAACCCACGCAAACAUUGGAGACCCAUGAGAUGGAGCAGAGGAACCAGGAGAUCUGUGAGAGAGCGGGUGAGGAGCAGCAGUUACAGCGGGACGCCACCAUGCGCUGCCUUGUGGACAUCCAGAGGAAAGCAGAGCGACGCUGGCAACGGGACAGAGACAGACAACUACUCAGAGUUCAAGAGCGACUGGCCAUCGUCCAGAGUCGGAAGGCAGAUGAAGAUCUGUUGGGCCUGACGCAGGAAGACACACUCAGGCAUCUGACUGACACACUACGACAGGAGGAUGAGCUACAACAGAAAACUUUAGUAAGAGAAAAACUCCAGCAAAUGAGAAGAGAACGCUCCUGCAUUCUCCAGACCAGACGAGAGAGAAAUACAGCUGGAUUUAAAGAGCUUCUUGCGCCCACAGCUCAACGUAUGACCGAAACCGAAGAAGGACACUAGUUCAUACUGAAACCCAUUUCCACAAACAUACAGAACACACAGUAAAACAUUCAUCAACUUUAUUGAUGUAGGAGCACAAAAGUAACUGUUUGAAUGAUAGCAACUUUUGUUCAAGGUUCAAACACUUUCCUAAUUGCCAAGGAUAAAUGCCACCCCCUAUAAGUUUAUAUUAGUGCUUACAAUGCAUGCACACACAUUGGCUGUUGAUCUUUUAAGAAGACUGUUGUGUUUCUUUGGCAAAUAAUAAAUUGCAUGACUUUACCAUAGACAGUGAGCACAUUAAAACACUUUUGGGGUUUGAUUUGCUUUGUAUUCAUCUCACUCAGUAUGACGCCCACAUGCAUGUUAUCCUGUCCUGCCAUUGAAUAGAAACCAGCACUUCCUCUGAAUUAUUAGUACAAGAUGACUGACAAUGCCUGAAUACCUGGCAAGUAUAUAAUGAAACACGUUUGAACAUUUUAUUGAACUCCAGAAAACUGCACAAUGCCUCAGUCUUUUAAAACAAAAGUGUGCGUGCGUGCGUGUUAAUUAUAACUUAAACAACACAGUCUGCCUCCCCACAGACGUUGCGUUUUAUAUAUUCAGAGAGCAUAUAUACUGUGAAUGUCUA